UAUCAGCGCUGAGUCAAAGCGACUUGUAGGGCGUCAACCCUUCACGCGGCCCAGUCCAAUGCUCAGAGGGCCUCCUGAUCCUUUCACGCUAUAUGUUUACUCAUAUUGUCGUAUAUUAUACCAGAGGAAAUCAAAGCAAAGUCGGCUUUUCAUAUUCUGGCACCGCACGCCGUGCUUGUGGCGUCUCCUCCGCCCGACCGCUGCCAAGAAGUAUAGUGCAGGUAGGCCAGCUUGGACUAGACCUGAAGCGCAACAAAUUGUGCCCCGUUUCUCGUUGCACAGGUCGCCGCGCUACCACAGACACAGCGAUUGAGCUGUGUUCCUCUUCUUCCACCGUCGUGGGCCGUUUCCAGACCGAUAUUCGUCCUACUCUUCGCUAGGCUCCUCUAAAAUGAACCGCACGUCCCCAAACCUUGCGAUAUCGUCCUAUGACUUACCCAACGCGCAACGAACGCACCAGAAGCACCAGAAGCAUUCGUCGUUCCCUUUGGCCUCAAUGACUGAAGUUGGAUAUAUUGCAGAAUUAUAACACCCGACCCGUGCUACUGAUAACUCUAGAUAUGACCUUCGCAAACC